GUUGCCUGGUAACGCCCCGCUGGAGGAGUCCCAGCGUAAUAAGGUCCCGGCGAAGUGUCACUGGCCCUAAGUGGGACCCCGUAGCUCGUUCUUUUCGCGCCGGCGGCCUGUCCCCGCUGCUUGGCGGGCUAGGGCAGAGGAAAUGUUGCAGGAGGAGUCGGAUCUGUCUCUCGUUAUUGCUCAGAUAGUCCAAAAGCUCAAGGGCUCCAAUUUGUACGCUCAGUUGGAACGGCAGGCCUGGGCCAGUCUUCAGAGACCUGAGAUUAAACUUGAAUCACUAAAAGAAGAUAUUAAGGAAUUCUUUAAAACAUCAGGUUGGGAGAAGAAACUUCAGAAUGCUGUUUAUAGUGAACUGAGCGUGUUUCCUUUACCUAGUCAUCCUGCUGCACCUCCUGAGCAUCUCAAAGAGCCUUUGGUGUACAUGAGAAAAGCACAGGGAAGUUGGGAAAAAAGAAUUUUGAAGAGUUUAAAUAGUAUGUGCACUGAGCUGAGUAUCCCAUUGGCACGAAAGAGGCCAGCUGGAGAACAGAAAGAGCUUCUCAAUAAGUGGAAUGAAAUGGGGACUGAUGAACCAGAUUUAAGCCUUUUUAGGCCCGUUUAUGCACCUAAGGAUUUCCUUGAGGUAUUAAUUAAUCUUCGCAACCCAAAUUAUGAAAAUGGUGAUUCUCUUAGUUUCAGGACUCAUUUGGGUUUAAUCCAAGUUCCUCUGAAAGUAAAAGACAUCCCUGAAUUGAAAGAAUUCUUUGUAGAACUCGGCUUAACUACAGGACAACUGGGUAUAGAUGAUUCUACACAAGUGCCUCCUGAACUGUUUGAAAAUGAGCAUGUACGUAUUGGGCAAAAAGUUCUACUGGAGCAAGAUAGUGCUGCUGCUCAACAAUAUAUCAGACAAGGAAGUCCCACGGCACUGAGAGCUGAAUUAUGGGCUCUCAUUUUGAAUAUUUCCAGUCAUCCUGAGGAUAUAUUGUAUUAUGAACAGCUUAAGACCAAUGUGAUACAACAUGACCUUCUGGUGGACAGUCUAAUUUAUAAAGAUGUGAAGUUGACAGCAAGCAAUGAUGAUUAUUAUUUUGUAUUUGAAGAUUAUUUAUAUCAGGUUUUACUUUGUUUUUCCCGGGAUACAUCUGUGUUGGCUCACUUUGCGUACAACAGUGCUUCACCACCGAAAUCAUACAUAAGAGGAAAACUAGGAAUGGAAGAAUAUGCGGUCUUUUAUCCACCAAAUGGUGUAAUCCCUUUUCAUGGAUGGGAAAGCAGGGUCCAGGGGGAAAAAUGGACUUUGAAUUAUGUUGUUGAGGGUAUUUAUAAUCAGUUAUACUACCCCUGGCUGAAAGGGUGCAGUGGAGUAGCAGAGACUGGCCAUACGAGUACUUUGAUAAGGCCUCCCCACGCCUUGUCCCUACUCCCCCGUCAGUAGGACUGAAGACCAGAUGCCACCACUAUCUGCCUCAAGACCAGCCACCUCAGUAAACUCACCCCCGUUUAUGGCACUCAUCAGACACAGCCCUGGAUAAGGCCUCCAGGUCACCCCUUAUCCAGUGACUCUCACCUCCAUCGCUCCCAUGGCCCUUUUAUCAGUAAGGCCUCCUCCGCCCCCCACCCUGUCCCUCCUACCCCGCCAUUAUUUCUCUUCGGAGCACUUAUCACCAUCUGACAUACAUUUGCUUAGUUUAGCAUGAUUUUAUGUCCCUAAUGAAAAGUAAGCUCCAGUUGUCAGAAGAGGGUCUAGCACAUAGUAUGGGAUUCAUACGUAUUUGCUGAGCAAUGCACAUCAAUCGGGGGAGGAGAGAAUUGGGUGGGCGCGGGAUUUCAAAGCAGGUCUGCCAACUUUUCCUGUAAAGGGCCACAUGGUAAGUAGAUGAAAUUUUGCUGGCCACAAACAAUCUCAGUCUCAUAGUCUUCUUUUUUGUUUGUUUACAUAAUCCUUUAAAAAUAUAACAGCCAUUUGUAGCUCACAGGCCACAUAAAAACAAUCCACGGAACUGACAGUGGCUUGCCAGCUGCCGUGAAAGCCAAGGAAAGGGGAUUAAGAACACGAGUGAAGAUGUCACUUCUGAAAAAGGAAACACCUUCCUCUGACACCUCCCUAAAGCGAGAAGAGACCACAGAUGAAAUGUGAAGAACAUUCGGGGUACAGAACAGACCAGUGAGGGAGCUUGUGUCAGUGCCAUCAGCCUCCCAGUCGGGAGGAAAGUGAGGUCUGUGACUGCGUGAAGAAUAGAAGAGUGUGGACAGAACGGGGCGGCUGGUCAAACAGAGAUGAGCGAGCAAAUGAAUAAGCAGCGCGGGAUUCAGCCAAGGCUGGACAAUGUGAACCUGGUGUGUUCUAGAAGAUCAGGGAAAAAUGGGGAAAGGUGGAUGCUGAGAAUUAUAGCUCGUGAAGCCUAACUGCACAGACGCCCUGGCGUACUAGGUCAGGGUAAUAUUGGAUUUUCCUCACUCUCGCUAAUAAAAUUACUUCUGGAAAGAACAAAGAAAUAGGAGCUAAUUGGUGAAUGAUAUCAACAAAGAACUUCUGUCAAGGGCCCACGGUAUUUAUUUAUUAAUGGCUACGCCACAUCCAUUAUUUCAUUUAAUCAUAUUGUGUAGGCUCCAGCAUUACCUCUGAUUUACAGAUGAGGAAAUGGAAGCUUAGAGAAGCUAAGAAACUUACCCAGUCUCAAACUGGAAUGGUUCAGCAAAGAAGAAUGGAAUAAGAGAUGUAAUAGAGAUAAGAAUAUGUAAUGAUUUACGUAGGUGACCAACAGCUGCACGAGCGCACCAUGUGUUCGCUGUGUGGUGUGUAGAGAGGAAACGUGAGAUGCCUGAGUCACCUCACUUUAAGGACUGGUGAACUGCAGCUCCCAGAGGAAAAUGCAAUAAGGGAGCUAUUCAGGACGACUUUCUCUGAGGAACCAUUCAAGAAACUCAUAAGGCCUUCAAUAAUUGAAAAACCAUGUUUUUUAAAAAAGAAACUCUUAAAGUCUUAGAGCAAAAUAAAAUUAAAAACCUGGCAGUGAUGGGGGUGGCGGGAGAGAGCAGUGUCCUCACAUAUUUCUGAACGUUUUCAAAGAAGACACAUUAGACGCGUUCUGUGUGACCGUUGUGUUCAGUACUAGGAGUAACAAGUGAGGUUACAGGGAGGCAGAGGUGGGUUCCAUAUGAAAAAUGACCCCCAAAUUAAGCCUGUUCAGAAUUAGGGUUGGUUGUCGCGUUGGUUGUCGCAUCGCCUAUGGCUGGGUGUGCUUUAAGUGGAGACUGAACACUCGUUUACUAGAACUCACUGUGGAUCGCCUCUGGAGUCCCCGCCAACACAGAGUUUUUGCUUCUGAACAGGUCAGAUAAAUAAAGCAUUUCUGUACUAUUUUUCAAAAAAGUGAACUUCUCAGCUUUCUUCCGUACUGUGUUUGCAACCUGAUUUGGCACAGUGUUAGAUACACACUGUGUAUACCGUGUGUGUAUAUUACAGGACUUCUGUUUUGAACCUAAGCUGUACAAAUUCUGAUUUUUCACUUACAAUGCAACAAGACGUUUAGGACACCAAGUGAGGCUUUGAGUAUUUCUUUGAAAUGGAUGUGUCAUUUACUUGUGUAUGAUUCUUGCCAAAGAUUACACUGAAUUUAUACCAUAUUCCUGCAAAUUUAUAUUUUUUCUAAACCACAUUCUAUGAUAUAAUCUUUGGUAAGUUUACAAAGCAAUACAUCUACAGAGGGUGCCAAAAAAAAAGCAUAUACAUUUUAAGAAAGAAAAAAGCUGUAUUAAAAUCGUAAUACUCAAUAUAUACUGCUAACGAAAAAUGAAUACAAGUCGUGUAUACAUUUUUUUGGCACUCCUGUAUACAAGAGGUACUUUGAAAUGCUCACUUAUUUUUGUUUGUAUGUUUGUUUGUUUUUUUAGCUGAGCCAUCCUGC